GGCGUGGUCGUGGUGGAUUUGGACAGCCCAGCAAACAAGGGGGAGGAUUCGGAAGUCCCAGGGGUGGAUUCAGAGGGCGUGGCAGAGGAAGAGGGGGAUUUGGAGACCGAGGGGGUCGAGGACGAGGGGGUUUCUAUGACAACUCGCGAGGUGGUAGAGGAAACCGUGGCAACAGGGGAGGUAAUCGCUUUCAGCGAGGUCGUGGGGGUCGAGGCAGAGGUCGCGGAGGGUCAAGGGGAGGAGGCAUGACAGCAGAGGAACUAGACAAUCAGUUAGAUGCGUACAUGUCCAAAACAAAGAGUAACCUAGACGCCGAGCUCGACGCCUACAUGGCCGAAUCCCAGAGCUGAGCAUAAACACAGAGGAGUUCCGAAGAAUCUGACACAAUUACGGACGAGUAGUGUAAACACCAAGGAGUUCUGAGUAAUCUGUUGCAACCUUACAAACAAAUAGUGUAGAGAUAUCAAAUGUCAGUUUAUCAUGAACAUUUGUGCAAUAUGUCAAAUCUGAAUCCAUGUUUUCUCAUCAGAUUUUAACAGUGGUCAGAAUAACUUGUUUUAUGUUUUAGAUUGUGGGUACUAUAAGUUUUCUUAUUUUUGUUGAGAAUAAAUAUUAAAAUAUAGUGGUUUUGAUGUGAGGGACUAUAGAGGAGACAUGUAGAGUUUAGUAACUGCUUAGUUUUAUAUUGGGGCUAAUAUGAUUCAUAUGAAAUGUAUACCAAAUUACUUCUUGUAUAUAUAUUUUUUAAAAUAGUUUUAUGUAGUUUCUAAUCAAAGAACAUGUAUCAAAUGUACAUUAAAUAGUAUUUGUGUUCUGUUGUUUUAUGUAGCUGGUGUAGAUGUAAAAUUGAUAGUGUAUUUGUCUAAGUAAAUCAGUAUUGUCAUUAGUUGAAUAUUAAUAUUGAGCAUUAUUUUGUUAAAAGGCACAAAAAUUUUAUUCUUUUUAUGGAAAUAAAGUAAUGUGCAAGUCCCAUCAAGGCCAAUUAAUUUUUUUAACUUUUGUAGGAAACUGUGUAUGCCUAUGUUUACAGUUUUUUGUGGUUGUAUGCUGUAGAAUGUUUUUAUAGCACAGUUAUCUUUUUUGUUAAAGUAUAUAAAAUAUACUACUUACCUAGGCCUACAUUUUUGUCUUGAAUUAAAAAUUGUGAAUCCUGUAAAACAA